UAGGAAGGAAGAAAGGGUCCGUCUUUCUUCUGGUUCCAUCCACACACAUAUACUUACAGACAGUCUUGGUCAUCCGUUCAUAUCAGGCAGCCGCCACUUCCUGACCCCUCUUUAUUUCGAACCGAAGCUGAUGCAGGGAUAUACAAAUUUGCGACUCUGAUACCCCCAUCUGCGAUUCGAUAGGUAUAGCGCGCUUUUUUUGGCUCUGGCCAGAAUAAGAGCCGGGUAACGCUGCAUGGCGAAUGUUAGAGGACAAACGGGAUCGAGGAAAAAGCGUCCCAGAGAGGCGUGCCGGGGUUCGUCUUCUAUAACGCAGCAGACGGGAUUCGUUGGGAUUUGAAACAUUUUUCGCGGCCCGGUGGAAACAUCUAGCACUGUUGUCCAUGAUGUCGGAUAAGAUAAGCUCUUUACCGUUGGAGAUCAUCCUCCAUAUUCUUUCUUACCUCCCAUUCGAGUCACUGUUAGCCUUUGGGGGGACAUCCCGCAUCAACUAUGAGUCGCAUACUCUGUGCCUCAGUUGCCUACGACUAGGUGUUUUCGAGAGACACUCCCACUCCGCUAUCUCCCUACUGCGAGCUGGGUGGUUGACACCGGAUCAGAUGCUCAAUAACUUGGCACAUGAGUCCGGGAGUGAGGUGUACAAGGUGACUGUCAUCCGGCCAGCUGUGGAUCGAACGAGGGCCCCUCUCCUCUACAAGCCUCCGCUAAGAAUCAAAGACCUCAAGAAACGCGUGCAUGGCUCGCAGGAGAGCUUUCGGACUCUAGAGCAUACCAUUCGCGAGCAAAACAGGAUCUUUGCGCAAAUGGUUAACCGAUACGGGCGAGGGCUCCGCGAACUUGAGUUCAUGGCAUAUGGUCUCGACGUUGCCGGCGCGACGGCUUUAGCUACUAACUGCCGACAUAUCCUCAGCCACCUUGCGCUUCGCUUCGAACAUCCGCACAUCCGUGAUGGCCCCAUACGACCAACCGCGUGGUUAAGUCCUGCGCCGGGGAGCACUGCGUGGAACUCCUUGAUUGGGAUCGGGGGGUUGAAGCAUAUGGGGCUCUGCGGAUUGCAGAGCUUGGUCUUGGAGCGAGCUGGUAUCACUCCUUGGCAGUUGAUGAUGCUUGUAAAGAGGAAUCCGGAGCUAAGGGUGCUCAAACUGAGGACAUGUCGCGGGGUUCAGCCCGAAUUUCUGGAUUGGCUGGGAGGGAUUGAGGGGGAGCUCGGCGAUCCAGGUAGCAUGGAUGGCGAGGGUCCAGCUCCUGGGGCAAAGCUAGAAGUGCUCUGGCUAGAGAACUGUCACAGUAUACUCCCACAUCCUGUUGAGGAUUAUCCUUGCCUUCCCGACGAGGUUUGCGAUUUGGGCCUUGAGUGGGUGAGGGCUCUGACCAAUUUACGGUCUCUUUCAUUCAGCGAGAGUAGCAACUUGCCACCUGAUUUCAUUCAACGAGCAAAUGAAACGCUAUGGAGAGUACCUGAGGUUGUCUUACCAUACACGUCAAAUGGGGAAAAGGCUCUGAUCGAGAUCGAUCCGCUGCCCUCAUAGUUUGAUACUAGUUUCGGUUCUCUUCACUGUGUACGGGCGCAGCAAUAGGCGGCCAGAUAUCCUUGCAUUUCUUGUUUGGUUAGAUUAUGGGAGGAUAGCAAUCUCAAUUUUCAGGGAUAAAGUCCUCAGUAGUCCUAGAGCCUUUGUUCCUGGACUUUGAGAGAGGCAGGAGAGUCUGGG